CUUAAUCGAUACAUCAUGUUCUCUAAGAUUUUUGCUUUUGCUGCCAUUGUGGCCACCUCCAUUGCUGUUCCAGUUGAACAUGGGGCGACCUCAUAUUCAAGCUACAACCAAAACUACAACAAUGUGCAACACAUCCAGUCAGCAAAUGCUUUCGUGAAAGCGACUCCAUCUUACUCAGUUCCAGCGUAUUCGGCACCUAGUUACACAAAAGUGGCUCUCCCUGUUGCUCCAGUUGUUUCAUAUGCUGCACCAGUCGCUAAAGUCGUCGCCCCAAUUACGAAAGUAAUCGCUCCAGUGUCCCACUAUGCGUCGGCUCCAGUUUACAAGGAAGAAUACGAUCCAGCGAAAUACGAAUUCGCGUAUGGAAUCCAAGACGCCCACACUGGUGACUUCCACUCCCAACAGGAACAACGUGAUGGUGACCAUGUCGUAGGACAGUAUUCGCUUCACGAAGCCGACGGUACCGUGAGGAUUGUAAAGUACUCUGACGAUGGACACGGUUUCAACGCUGUCGUUGAAAAAUCUGGUCAACCCACAGAAGCUCCCGCCGUUGUUAAAAACCUCGUGGUUCCAAUAGCUAAAGCCGUGGCAGCCGCUCCACAAUAUCAAUAUCACUACUAAACAAAGGAACUGAGAAAAUCGCGCUAUAUUUAUUUAUUUAUGAUUAAUACAAAAAUUU